AUGUUCGGAAUGUCGCGCGACGCCGCGAGCGCGCGGCGCGCGGCGCAGCGCCAGAGCCUCGCCGCGCGGCUGCUACGCGAGCGCUUCGGCGGCCGCGAGGUCACCGCGGUGACGCUAGCGACAAACGCGCCGAUGCUCUCUUUCCUUGCGGGGAGCGGGUUCGAGCGCACGGGCGAGUUCGAGGAUGAGUUGGGCCGGCAGGUGGAGUGGAGGCUCGCUCUGCGCGGCGCAGCGGCGGGCGAGGCUGCGAGGGUGGACGCGGGUCUCGCGCGGUACGUCGGCCCGUUCCUCGGCGAGAACCUGCUGCACCGGGCGAGCAGCAGAAGCGGCGGGGCAGGCGGGACGACAUGGCAGCCGGUGACCGACGGGAAGGAGGAGGAGGAGAAUGAGAGCACGGGAAUAGGCGUGGACGACUGCCCGCUCCUGACCUUCCCGCAGCUCAAGCAAGCCCUGGGCGCCGAUCCGGAGGCCCUCCCAGCCGCACGCCCGAAGGAGGCGCUGCUGCUGCUGCAGCUGCUGCCGGUGGCCGCCGACAGCCCGGCCGUCGGAUCCGGCGCCGGCGCAGGGAGGCGCGUGCAGCUGCAGGGGGCCGUGGCCGGGGCGGGAGACUACUCCGACGCGGACGCGCGGGCGGCGGUGUCGCCGGCGCUGCUGGCGGUGCGGGGCGAGCCGGCGCUGGGGGCGGCCAGCUUGGUGGCGGAGGCGGUGGCAGAGACGACGCAGGCGUUCAGGCGGCUCGCGCCGUCGCUGCACGCCGAGCUGCGGGAGCUCUGCGCGGCUUUCGUCGAGGCUUGCCGGCGCCUGCGGCGCGCCGCGCAACACGGCCUGCAGCUGUCGCGUGGAGCUGUGUGCUUGCUCCGCUGCCUGCUCGGCGAGAGCCGAGUGGAGCAGCACCGGCUGCUCAGCUCGGCCCAGCGAGACCCGCCCACCGCAGCCGCGUGCACGAGCUUGCUCAACGAGCUGCUCCUCUCGCCAGCGGGUGACCUGGCCGCGCGCGCGGCGCCAGCUUCCUUCGCCGUCGAGGCCGUCGUCGCGUGGAGGGCGCGCGCCGCGCGCUCCUCGCAGCCACUUGGGGCGUCGCGCUGCUGCUGGCCUCCCCGUGUCCUUCGAGACCGCGCGGCGGGCUACGUGCGCCGUUUGCUCGCGGAGGAGGGGGCGGGGGAGGGCGCCUCGCUGCGGCACGCGGCUAGCUUGGCCAGACAGCUCCGCCUCCUGCGCGAGGUGGACUGCGAGGCGCUGCUCCGCCGCCUCGCCGCUUCCAACUUGUGGGCGGUGGCGGAGCAGCUGGCGACUGCGGCGUGUGCCACCGAGCCGCCGCAUGAGCGGGUCGAGCCUCGCCACGAGCCGCGCAUUCUGCCGCUGGUGUACAACGGGGAGGAGCAGCGGGAGGAGAGCAGAGGCGCGGAGCGGGAGACCGCCGAGGGAGACGGAGGGCGGUUGCUCCAGCUGCUCCUCUCCGCUGCACACCAGCGGCAGAAUGCGCGGCUCGUGGCGAGGCUCGACCCGCUCAUGCGGCGGCUCGGCAUCGCCAGGCGUGGCACCGCGGCGGCGGGCUGCAGCGCCGGCGGCGAGCAUGCGCCUCGCCAGCUGCCGCCGUACACGCUCCCUGCAGGGACCGAGGUGGCGAGCUAUGAGGGGGCGGCGCAGUCCGGGUUGGCCGACGCCGCAGUCGCCUCGCUCCACCUCGCGGCGAGGGCGAGCCGGUUGCCAGUAGUCGGGGUCGAUGCCGAGUGGGUUGCGGGGCGAGCGGUCUCCGCGUUGCCGCUGGAGAAGCAGUGGUUCGCGCUGACUUCCCUGCUCUCCGACGCUUCCGUGCUCAAGGCUGCGCCGGGGUAG